AAUAACGAAAAAACACUCAAAAGAUUAACGGAAUAAAUUCCUCCAUUAUUGGUACUAAUUAGACUAACAAUUCUUUUAUAAACAAUUUAAAAUUAUUCAAAUUGUUGUGAUUAUUCCCUUGCGUUCAAAUGUUACAUGAUAAUUUGAAAAAUUUAAAUUCCAAAAAAUAACAAUUAAAAUUUCCUCAAUUAUUUAUCCUAAUUAGACUAACAGUUUAUUUAUAAACAAAAUAAAAUUAUUCCCAUUGUUAUUGUAAUUGUCUCCUAGUGCUCAACCGUUACUUAAUAAUGUAAAAAUUUAACGUUUUGAAAAAUAUCAGUUAAAACUUCAGGAAUAAAUAGAAACCAAAUAUUUAUUUAAUUAAUAAAUUCAUCAAAAAAAGAUAAAAUGGAUUCACUUGGAUGCACUGGAGAUACUGCUAACAACGAUGAAAGCGCAGUGGAAAUAAUUCGUCGUGGUCUGCGUAAAGCAGCUGAAAACGAGAGGAAACAUCAUCGAAAUCGAGAGUUCAAUAAACUCCGUCGUACAGCGUUGGGAGUGCAGUUAAAUGACAACUGUAAAGGCCAAUGUGAUUGGUCAGGAAAGUUUCUCGUGCAAAAAGGAAAGGAUCUCAAAAGAAAGACGUUGUCAGUGGAGGAUUAUAAACAAUUGGAAGUAGCUCUGUUGCAGGGCGAAGAUAACAUCAAUGGAUUCAUGUCGAUCGAGCAAAUUCUAUCAGCAUUAGUUCGUGAUUUAUCAAGCUCGAAUCCAGAGAUACAAUUGUUGGCAUUGCACUGCUGUUGUAAUAUCGCGCUUGGUGGUAGAAAACAUUCUACUGCAUUGUGCAAGAAUAUUGGGCCAUAUCUGGUAACGCAAUUGGAGAGUCGCAGUAAUCCCCUUUUGGAAGCAAGUGCCUGGACCAUCGGAAAUCUCUGUAACAGCGACUCGAAGAAAGUCCUCGAGGUACUCCACAAUUUAGGCUGUCUCAACCGCCUGUGUUCAUUAUUGAAAUCCUGCCACACCACAAUAAUUUCAUCAAUUGCUUAUGCUCUUAAGUUCUAUUUAUUCGGAAAUUCUUCUCGAGGGGUUGCGAGGGAAUCAGACUUUAUUCAGGUGACACAGAUCAUAGUGGAACGUCUGCCGAACGAGAAUCACAUGUCAUCUGACAUACUCUGGCUUCUGGCGUUACUGUCAUCGACAUUUGCUUGUAGAAAUCAUCUUUCUACUCUUGUCAUCCCGAUUCUCUCGUAUCUUGGGACUAUUGUGAAGCGAGAGGAGGGGGAGGAUUCCGAGAGCGAUGCGAACGAGGUCAUUGCUAUUGUGAGAUUACUAGCGAAUUUAGCUUCAGAGGGAUCGGGAGUUGUAGCGGAUUCGAUUCUUACAUCGAACAUAGGUUCUGGAGGAUGUGGCCUACUGAAUGUUCUCAAUAAAUUAUUGUCACAUCCACAUGUUUCUGUUAGGAAAGAAACUUUGUGGUUGAUAGGUAAUCUUUACAAUCAUCCGUCCUUGCGAGUGAGUGAGACGUUGAAAAAUUACCUGGAAUCUUUGGAUUUCUCUCUUGCUGUGGAAUCCAUAUGAAACUAUUGACUGUUGAAUGGUAGUUACGAAGACAAAGAAAUAUUUCUUUAUGUUUUAUUUCUAUUCGAUUAGAAAGACAAUUUUGCCGACGCGAACCUUCGCAUUUGGUUGGUAGACAACUUCAAAUUCACGCUCUUUGGCAAGUCCUCUACGCAUCCCACCUUGACGAUAUUAAAAUAAAUUUUUCCCAUGAUGUUCGCUGUUGAGGUGCCAACGCUCUUGAGACAAUUGUAGAAAGCGUGGUCGCAAUCACAAUGGGAUCUGUAAAAGUACAAUGAAAUGAAAUCGUUUGAUGAUUAAUUUAUGUAAUUAUUCCUAAAU